AUGAAGAUUACAACAAUGAUUACAAAUAUACAGGAGCUGAAUAAGACAUGGAAUCAACUAUGCAUAACAGUAACAAUAGUGGCAAAAAAGAAUAUACCAAGAACAAAAGUCGGACCAAAGACCUACUAUGCUUUCUUAGCAAAAGCUACAAAACUACACAGUGCACUAACGGAAAUUAACAAAACACUCAGAAAUCUAAAAAACAAUAAAGAGGACACGACAAAUAUAGAAGACAUAAACAAAA